AUGGAUCCGGAGUCGACGGAGGUCUCCUGCGUCCUCCUUACCUCGUCCAAUGGCGGUCAAGAAGACUCGGCCGCGCAGGUUUCUGCGCUGGCCUUUGACACAACCCAGGAGCUUCUAUGGACAGGGAACAACGAGGGCCGUGUUGCCUCAUUCUAUGGCGCCGACAUGCAGCCAUAUGUCUCGUACAUGAUGCAGCCUGCGACCGACGGCGAGGUCCGGCAGAUUCUCGUCAACGAGGCCGGCGUGGUGUCUCUCGGGCCCAAGGGUCUUCAUAUGGCCUUACGGCGCGGCCUCCCGCUGUGGAAUUGCAGACACGACGACAUGGCAGACCUUUGCUGCAUGAGCUUCAUGUCCACUGCGGCCACCGAGGUCCUCGUGGCUGGCCGCCAAAACACCAUGUUCGUGGUCGACCUCAAGGAGGGCGAGAUCACCCGCCAGCUGGACACGGAGAACCACUACACCAUGAUGAAGCGCAACAGCCGAUUUAUCUGCGGCGCCACGACGCGCGGCACCGUCGACAUUAUCGAUCCUUCCACGUUUGCCGUCCUCAAGAGUUGGACCGCCCACUCCGCCUUUAUUCACGACAUGGACGUCCAGGCCGACUUCCUGGUUACCUGCGGCGCCACCCUUAAGCAGCAGGGAGCCGUCAUGUUCGACCCGUAUGUCAACCUCUUUGAUCUUAAGCAGAUGACGUCCAUGGCCCCCAUCCCCUUUCCGCCCUGUGCUGCCUUUGUGCGCAUGCAUCCGCGCAUGGUCACGACGGCCAUCGUGGCCUCGACCUCGGGCCAGAUCCACAUUAUCGACCUGAUGAGCCCCAAUACCAGCAGCGUCAAGCAGGCCAACAUUGUCUCUUUCCUGACCCGCAUCGACAUCUCACCCACCGGCGAGGCACUGGUCCUGGCUGACAGUGACUGCUACAUGCACCUCUGGGGCUCGCCGUCCGGCAUCCAGUUCACCGAGUUCCCCGCCAUGAUCGAGACCGAGACGCCCGAGGAGCCACAUAAGGAGACCGAGUGGGAGGACUGGUCGGACGAUGAGAACGACGACACCUAUAUGUCUGGACGCAACGGCAACAGCAACGGCAACGGCAGCGGCAAUGGCAGCAACAACAACAACGGCAGUGGAGCAAGCGGCAGCACCGAGGACCGAAAGAGGGACGGCGCCGACCCGAGCUCCCGGCUGCCGCUCAACACGGUCGGCAUGCCCUUUUAUCGCGAGACCCUACUGUCGGCCUUUCCCAGCCUCAUCUCGGACGUCGGCGCGCCGCCGCCGCGCUACGACAGCAGCUACCUCGAGAGCUUGACCCCGUUUGAGUACGGCUGGUAUGCCCCGAACACAGGCGUCACGCUGCCUAAUCAGGUCGAGGACACGCGCAAGGACGAGAAGCCGGCGCAGACCAUCCAGGCGCCCAAGUUCCUGAGCGACCGCUCGCGCGAGUCCAAGUCGUCUGGCGUCUCGUUGGGCCACCCCAACGGCGGUGAUGCCAUCCCGGAUGUACUGGAGUCCUCGGAGCUUGCUAGUCUCGGUCCCGAGGCCCCGAGCAUGUACAGGACGGUAGAGAUUAAGUUUAGCAAGUUUGGUGUGGACGAUUUCGACUUUGGAUACUACAACCGCUCGCAAUAUGCCGGCCUAGAGAACCAUAUUGCCAACUCCUACGCCAACGCGCUUCUGCAGCUGCUGCACUUCACCCCUCUGAUCCGCAAUCUAGCUCUGCAACACGCCGCGAGCUCCUGCCUCGACGACCAGUGUCUCCUGUGUGAGCUGGGAUACCUGUCUGACAUGCUGCAAAAAUCCGAGGUUGCCACCUGUCAGGCAGCCAAUAUGCUCAAGACUCUGAGCAGCCUUCCUCAAGCUCAUCAACUCCGCCUCAUUGAGGAGGAAAACCCCAACACGCCCAUCACCGAAAUGCUGCAGAAUCUGACACGCUUUCUGCUGACGCAGAUCGCCAGUGAUUUUAGACGCGUUUCGCCUGGUUCAAAUGCCAUGGAAGAAGCCCUGGCAACGGCAGGCGUGACAUACAUGAGAUGCAUGCAGUGUCGCAGCGAAACAAGCCGGGCUGUAUCAACUUACGUCAACAAUCUGAAAUAUCCAGCGCCUCAGAGACAGUCCAGCAGGGGAGGAAAGCAGCCAAAAAUCACGUUUUCCCAAGUUUUGAAGUCGAGCGUUGAGCAGGAUUCAUCCACUAAGGGCUGGUGUGAAAUGUGCCAGCGCUAUCAGACACUCUUGAACAGGAAGACGAUCAGCCGCAUUCCUUCGAUCCUGACCCUCAAUGCCAGCGGCCCGCAGAAUAUGAACUAUCCGGAAUUCCGUCGCCUGUGGGGGACUCCCGGCUGGCUGCCAGAAGAGAUCGGCAUAAUAGUAGACGCUGCCGGUCAAUUUUUUUGCUACGAAGGAGAAGACCUCAAGCUGCACUUGCAGCGAGGCAUCCACGACAUCAAGGUGUACUCUCUCAUGGGCAUGGCCGUCAAUGUGGACAACGGAGGACAACUGCAAAAACCUCAUCUUGUAGCGAUGGUGAACGUGGCACAUUCGGAGCCGACGCCUCUUGCCAAGUCCCAGUGGCACCUGUUCAACGACUUUUUAGUCCGCCCGACGUCAACCGGAGAAGCUCUGUCGUUCAACACGAACUGGAAGACACCGUCUGUCGUCCUCUUCCAGCUGAAGAGCGAGAACAACAAGAUCGACACGACAUGGCAGAGCAGGAUUGAUACAUCCAUCCUCUUUAUGGAUUACGGGCGACCAACAGGCAACGAGACAUACCAGCCGCUGAACCCGAGCACAGAACGGCCGGGUCCGGACACCAUAAUGGCUUUGGACACGGAGUUUGUGGCUCUCAAGCGACCAGAGAUCGAGAUGAACUCGGAGGGAGAGAUGGAGACGAUUCGGCCGAUGACCCAUGCCCUUGCACGUGUCUCCGUGGUCCGUAGCCAGGGUCAGGACGAGGGGCUUCCCUUUAUCGACGACUACAUCAUCAUCAAGGAACCCGUAGUCGACUACCUGACACUCUACUCGGGCAUCACACGCAAUGACCUCGAUCCGCGCACGUCCCGCCACACGCUCGUGCCGCUCAAGAAGGCGUACAAGAAGCUCUGGGUUCUGCUGAAUCUGGGCUGCAAGUUCCUUGGGCACGGCCUGAAGCAGGACUUUCGUGUUAUUAACAUCCAGGUCCCCAAGUCGCAGAUCAUCGACACGAUCGACCUGUUCUUCCUAAAGUCCAGGCUGCGCAAGCUGUCCCUCGCCUUUCUGGCCUGGUGGGCACUGAAAGAGAACAUUCAGCAGGAGACGCACGACUCUAUCGAAGACGCGCGGACGGCGCUGAAGCUCUACCGGAAAUACCUCGAGUACAGGGAUGCUGGCGUGUUGGAUGCACUGCUGCAGGAGGUCUACCGCGUGGGGCGUGACGUGAAUUUCAAGCCGCCCAGGCGAGACGACGGCGAGACGCACACAGGGCCUGGCUCGCCCGGAAGCGGUCUGGCUGCCGCAGCCACGGUGGUUGCUCGAAGCAGCGGAUCCUUUGUGAGCGGGCUCGGCUCUCCCAACGGAAAAGGCCUAGCCGAUCAGAGAGGCUUUCAGAUCAAUGGAUCUCCAGUCCGGACAGGACUGUCUAACGGCGGUCUCGGCUUUGCUCAAACGACCCAAGCAAUACCCUUUCGUCCGAGCAGACACGGCUAA